AUGGAGGUGGAGCGACUGUCAGACUGGUGCACCAUCAACAAGAAUAACGUGAGAACUGAGCUCCUGGUGUCCUUCUACCGCUGCCUGGUGGAGUCGGUACUCAGCCAUGGCGUCUGCCAAGCGGUCUUCCAUCUUCCCGAGGGGGCUUCUCCGGAGCCUCUGCAGUGGUGGAUGGAAGUCCUGGCGGUCCUGGUGUUCGGGGUGUCCGCGAUGCUGAUCGAGAAGCAGAUCCAGAAACUGGACGAGUGGAGAGCGAAGCUCGAGAGCGUCCUCCUCAAGCCAGAGGUGGCUGAGACUGAGCGGCGUGUCGGUGAGGACCAGCCGCCGCCGGCCAGAGGAGACAACACGGUCAUCAUUUACAACAGAGUGCCCCAGACGGCCAGCACGUCCUUCACCAACAUCGCCUACGACCUCUGCAGGAAAAACCAGUUCCACGUCCUGCACGUCAACAUCUCCCCAAACAACCCUGUCCUCUCUCUGCAGGACCAGAUUCGUGUUGUGAAAAACAUCACCUCAUGGAAAGAGAAGCAGCCCGGCUUCUACCACGGCCACAUGGCUUAUCUGGACUUCGCAAACCAGUGCGCCCACAUCCACCAGAGGCGCGAGGAGAUGGCCGACAAGAUCCAGAAGAUCUCCGCCUGA